AAAUGAAACAUUAGAAAAAGAACCCAAAAAGAAAAGGAAAAAAAAAACUUAAAUCACAUCAAUAAUAAUACUAAUAAAUACAUAAAGUUACAUUUUCCCUUUUACAUAUAUAAACGCUUCUCUUAGAGCUUCCUAAGUUCUCAUCAUCCCCAUUCCAUCCACCCCUUUAGGGAAUCAAUCACAUUUCAUUCUUUAUUCUCUCUUAAGUUGUUAAAUGGUAUCAUAGUUUUUAGUUAAAGAGUUUCUUGUUGGAGAGAAACUUCAUGAGAAAUCCCUCUGAAAUUUCUUCUUCUUUUUUUUUUUUUUUUGAUUUGGUGAGUUUUGGUUAGGUGCAAGUGAGAUUGCAUGGUAUGUUGGUGUUAUUCAUUUAUAUGAGGAGAGUUUUCUUCCUCUGACAACUCUUGAUUCAGUGGGUCAGAACCUUUUGGUUCUUUCUUCUUUCAUGGUUUUGUUCUUAGCUUAGCAGACAAGUUGUUAAAAUCUUUGAUACCCAUUUUCUCUCCAUCAACCUUUUUUUUUUUUCUUCUUUGUAUAAGAACAGAUUCUGUUUGAUAAAAUUUCUUAAAGAAAAUGUCAAGAGUCAUGAGGCCUAAGUCCACCGGAAUGCCUUCUCCGGCCAGAGGAGGUAACGGUAAUGCAGAGCUGGGAGGUUGGGAGGUUAGGCCUGGAGGGAUGUUAGUACAGAAGAGGACUAUAGAUUCCAAUCAGAAUUCCAAUGUAGUUCCAAUUAUUAAAGUCAGGGUGAAAUAUGGUUCAUCUUAUCAUGAAGUCAAUAUCAGUUCUUCUGCAAGUUUUGGGGAAUUGAAGAAGAUGCUGGCAGAACCAACAGGAUUGCACCCACAGGAUCAAAAGCUAAUGUACAAAGACAAAGAAAGGGAUUCCAAAGUGUUCCUUGAUUUUGCUGGUGUGAAGAAUGGAUCAAAACUGGUGCUGAUUGAGGAUGAACUUAGCAGAGAAAGGCGUUUGCUCGAAUCGAGGAAGAAUGCCAAGAUGGAGAAAGCAUCAAAAGAGAUUGCAGCGAUCAGAAUCGAAGUUGAUAAGCUUGCUAAACAGAUACUCGUGUUUUUGUUCUGUUUUAAUCUUGUACAGGUUGUAUCAUCUGAAUUGGAGAUUUCCAGUGGGAAAAAAGUGACAGAUAUAGUUCUUUUGAGCUUGAUUGAACAACUCAUGACCCAACUCAUUAAACUUGAUGCCAUCACUGCUGAUGGAGAAACGAAAAUGCAAAGAAGAAUGCAGGUAAAUGAAUCAUGAUCGCCGAAUUACAUACUCAAAACCAAUUGACGAGGAGUAUAGCGCCCUAGCGGGUCAAUGAUAUCUUUAUUAUUGUAUACAUUACUAUCUUCGUCCCAAAAUAAUAGUCACGUUCCAAAGUGUAGCUAGGAUAACGUUUUCUGACAUUGCGAUAAUUGGUUGAUGAUUGAAGGUGAAAAGGGUGCAGAAGUACAUUGAAACUCUAGAUGUGCUGAAGAUAAGGAAUUCGGGUGUAGGCAACAAAAACAAUGCAGCUCCAAAAUUGCAGAACCAGCAGCACCAUACAAUGUUUACAGGACAGGCAGAGAUGAUGAUGCCAAUCCAACAAAGUCAUUAUGAACAGAGAAGAAAAAAUGGACUUUUCAAUGAGAGGUCCCCAGGGCCAGUUGUAGUGACAACUAAAUGGGAAACCUUUUAAAUAAUUCUCCUUUUUUGCCAUCUUGAAGACACAAUACACCGAUAUUCAUGGCUUUUUUUCUUGCCAUUGCUGCUUCAACCAAAUUGAAAAAGAAAGCCAUCAAAUUGCAGAUUUUGUGCCCAAUAAUUGAAGAGCAGCAGGACAAAAUCCUUUUGGGGGAGGGUGAAAUUAAAACCAUACAGUAUAAGAUAUAGUAGUUAAAAUUAUUUUGUAUAUCUUUUUUGCUCUGUUGUAAAUGGAAUUUUUAUUUUGUGUGUUGGGAGAAGAAUAUAGCCACCCAUUUAAAUUCAUUUAGAAUUUUUUGACUUGAAUCAGUCGAUAAUGUGCUUUGUUUAUGUGGCCUUUCAGUUCCAAGCUGUAUAUAUCAGAAGAAUAUGGUGGAUAGAUAAGGAUGAAUUGAUUUGUUCCCUUUUCUUUUCUUUUCUUUUUAUUGCUUUCUUUUUUCAAUAUAUAUAUUUAUAUAUAUAUAUAUAUAUAUAUGUACGAG